GCCGCGUCCCCAGGCUGCUGCAGCCGGCCGCCCUCCGGGCCCGCGGUCUCCAUGUCCUUCCCGCGGUGUGCCCUGUUGUGGGGUCGGCUCCCCGCGGGGCCGCAGGCUGGCCGCCGGGCAGCCGUCUGCCCUGCCCUCCGCGCCCACAGCAGGCCUUUUCCUGGGGCUCUGGGGCGCGUUCCUGCCGUUGCCUGCGCCUCUUCCUCUGCUUCAGGAGGCUCCAAAGCCCCGAACACGUCCUUGUUCGUGCCGCUGACUGUGAAACCUCAGGGCCCCAGCGCGGACGGCGACGUCGGGGCCGAGCUAACCCGCCCGCUGGACAAGAAUGAAGUAAAGAAAGUCUUAGAUAAAUUUUACAAGAGGAGAGAAAUUCAGAAACUGAGUGCUGAUUAUGGACUUGAUGCUCGUCUCUUCCACCAAGCUUUCAUAAGCUUUAGAAAUUAUAUCAUGCAGUCUCAUUCCCUGGAUGUGGACAUUCACAUUAUUUUGAAUGAUAUUUGCUUCAGUGCAGCUCAUGUGGAUGAUUUAUUUCCAUUUUUCUUGAGACAUGCAAAACAGAUAUUUCCUGUGUUGGAAUGUAAGGAUGAUCUACGUAAAAUCAGUGACCUAAGAAUACCACCUAACUGGUACCCAGAAGCCAGAGCCAUACAGCGGAAGAUAAUAUUCCAUUCAGGUCCCACAAACAGUGGAAAGACUUAUCAUGCAAUCCGGAAAUACUUAUCAGCAAAAUCUGGAGUAUAUUGUGGCCCUUUAAAAUUAUUGGCACAUGAGAUCUUCGAAAAGAGUAAUGCUGCUGGUGUGCCCUGUGACUUGGUAACAGGUGAAGAGCGUGUGACAGUAGAGCCAGAUGGGAAACAGGCUGCCCAUGUUGCUUGCACUGUUGAGAUGUGCAGUGUUACAACUCCUUAUGAAGUGGCCGUGAUUGAUGAAAUUCAAAUGAUUAAAGAUCCAGCCAGAGGAUGGGCCUGGACCAGAGCACUACUAGGACUCUGUGCUGAAGAAAUCCAUUUGUGUGGAGAAUCUGCUGCUAUUGACCUGGUUACCGAGCUUAUGUACACAACUGGGGAGGAUGUGGAGGUUCGAACCUAUAAGAGGCUUACCCCCAUUUCUGUGCUGGAUCAUGCACUAGAAUCAUUAGACAACCUUCGGCCUGGGGACUGCAUUGUCUGUUUUAGCAAGAAUGAUAUUUAUUCUGUGAGUCGACAGAUUGAAAUUCGGGGAUUGGAAUCAGCUGUUAUAUAUGGCAGUCUCCCACCUGGGACCAAACUUGCUCAAGCAAGGAGGUUUAAUGACCCUGAUGACCCAUGCAAAAUCCUGGUGGCUACGGAUGCAAUUGGCAUGGGACUUAAUUUGAGCAUAAGAAGAAUAAUUUUUUACUCCCUUAUGAAGCCCAGUAUCAAUGAAAAGGGAGAGAAAGAAAUAGAACCAAUCACCACCUCUCAGGCCUUGCAGAUUGCUGGCAGAGCUGGUAGAUUCAGUUCGAAAUUUAAAGAAGGAGAGGUUACAACAAUGAAUCGAGAAGACCUCAGUUUAUUAAAGGAAAUUUUGAAUAGGCCUGUGGAUCCUAUAAAGGCAGCUGGUCUUCAUCCAACUGCUGAACAGAUUGAAAUGUUUGCCUACCAUCUCCCUGACACAACACUUUCUAAUCUCAUUGAUAUUUUUGUAGACUUUUCACAAGUUGAUGGGCAGUAUUUUGUCUGCAAUAUGGAUGAUUUUAAGUUUUCUGCAGAGUUGAUCCAGCAUAUUCCAUUAAGUCUACGAGUGAGGUAUGUUUUCUGCACAGCCCCUAUCAACAAGAAGCAGCCUUUUGUCUGUUCUUCAUUGUUACAGUUUGCCAGGCAGUAUAGCAGAAAUGAGCCCCUGACCUUCUCAUGGUUACGCCGAUAUAUUAAAUGGCCAUUGCUUCCACCUAAGAAUAUUAAAGACCUCAUGGAUCUUGAAGCUGUCCACGAUGUCUUGGAUCUUUACCUGUGGCUGAGCUACCGGUUUUUAGAUAUGUUUCCAGAUGCCAGCCUUGUUCGAGAUCUCCAGAAACAAUUAGAUGGUGUUAUCCAAGAUGGUGUACACAACAUCACCAAGCUGAUUAAAAUUUCAGAGACACAUAAACUGCUAAAUUUGCAGAAAUUGUCAGAGAGCCAGUCCCAUUUGUCAGGAACAGUAAAGAGCCAAAGUAGAAGGAAUCGCGGCAUCAAAGCUUUAGGAAGUAAAACUGCUGAACCACUCAGCCCGGAGGCAGGAGAGAAAUCCCUCGCUUCCAGAUUGGUGCAGCAAGGACUCCUCACUGCAGACAUGCUGAAACAGCUAGAAAAAGAGUGGAUGACACAACAAACUGAACAUGGCAAAGGAAGAACAGAAUCUGGGACUUACUCAAAAGGGACAAGAAGAAAGAAGAAGGAACCUGAUUCAGAUUAGUUUUAUUUUUAUAUUUGCAAAUAAAAAUUAUUUUAAAAUCCAUUUUUCUUCACAUGCAUUUACUGCCUGCUAUGGUACUGUGGCUAUCUUUUACUGAGUUUUUUGCUUGCUAAGAAAAAUUAACUGUUAAAGAUAACUAAACUGCUGUUCGUUUCAUGUCUUAGAGGUUUUAUUUAAAGCUUUAUUUAAUGGCCAUUUGUAGUAUAGCACUAAGACAAUGCACUAUAAGGAACUCUGCAUGGGGAUAAAAUCCGUUUGGUGAGUUGUUUUGACCAGUUUCCUGUACCUUUGCUGAGGCUGUCACAGGUGGAAUUCUUUGACAAACAUUGCUGUCUAUUGUCCCCAUGUACCAGAGGCUGUUCUAGGUGCUGGAAAUGUGUAGUAAGUGAGAUAGAUAAUGUUCCUGUCCUUACGGAGAUUAUAUUUUGGUAUGGUGACGGACAGGAGUAAGUUAACAAAU